UGCUCCCCGUCUUUUGUCAGAGAAGACUUUCAUGUGAAAGGGGACAACGGCGGGGAAUAAGCCAGACAUGUCAAAUCUCAGCAAAGGGGGCACUAAAAAAGACACCAAGAUGAGGAUACGAGCCUUUCCUAUGACCAUGGACGAAAAGUAUGUCAAUAACAUCUGGGACCUCUUGAAGAACGCCAUUCAAGAGAUCCAGAGGAAAAACAACAGUGGGCUGAGCUUCGAGGAGCUCUACAGGAACGCCUACACCAUGGUCCUGCACAAACACGGAGAGAAGCUCUAUACAGGCCUGAGGGAGGUGGUCACAGAACAUCUAAUCAACAAAGUACGUGAGGAUGUGUUAAACUCCCUGAAUAACAACUUCCUACAAACACUAAAUCAGGCCUGGAAUGACCACCAGACGGCUAUGGUGAUGAUCAGAGACAUCCUGAUGUACAUGGACCGUGUGUAUGUUCAGCAGAAUAAUGUGGAGAACGUGUAUAAUCUGGGUCUCAUCAUCUUCAGAGAUCAGGUGGUUCGAUACGGGUGCAUUCGGGACCAUCUAAGACAGACUUUACUAGAUAUGAUUGCCCGCGAGAGAAAAGGAGAGGUGGUGGAUAGGGGCGCCAUCCGUAAUGCUUGUCAAAUGCUAAUGAUCUUGGGUUUGGAAGGACGUUCUGUGUAUGAAGAGGACUUUGAAGCACCGUUUUUAGAAAUGUCUGCUGAAUUCUUUCAGAUGGAAAGCCAAAAGUUUUUAGCUGAGAACAGUGCGAGUGUGUACAUAAAGAAGGUGGAGGCGCGGAUAAACGAGGAGAUUGAGCGGGUUAUACACUGCCUGGAUAAAUCGACAGAGGAGCCCAUAGUGAAGGUGGUGGAGCGAGAGCUGAUCUCCAAACACAUGAAGACCAUUGUGGAGAUGGAGAACUCCGGGCUGGUGCACAUGCUCAAGAAUGGAAAGACUGAAGAUCUGGCUUGCAUGUACAAGUUAUUCAGCAGGGUGCCGAACGGCCUGAAGACCAUGUGCGAGUGUAUGAGCUCGUAUCUGAGGGAGCAGGGCAAAGCUCUGGUGUCUGAGGAAGGAGAAGGCAAGAACCCAGUCGACUACAUCCAGGGUCUUCUGGAUCUGAAGUCACGGUUUGACCGCUUCCUGCAGGAGUCCUUUAACAAUGACCGUUUAUUCAAGCAGACGAUCGCAGGAGACUUCGAGUACUUCCUGAACCUGAACUCCCGCUCGCCUGAGUAUCUCUCUCUCUUCAUUGAUGAUAAGCUGAAGAAAGGAGUGAAAGGACUGACAGAACAGGAGGUGGAGUCGAUCCUGGAUAAAGCCAUGGUGCUGUUCAGGUUUAUGCAGGAGAAGGAUGUGUUCGAGCGCUACUACAAACAGCAUCUGGCCAGAAGACUCCUCACUAACAAGAGCGUCUCUGACGACUCCGAGAAAAACAUGAUCUCAAAGCUGAAAACAGAAUGUGGCUGUCAGUUCACAUCGAAACUGGAAGGCAUGUUCAGGGACAUGAGCAUCUCCAACACAACCAUGGAUGAAUUUCGGCAGCACCUCACAUCAACAGGGGUGUCUUUAGGUGGUGUCGACCUCAUAGUGAGGGUUCUUACCACGGGAUACUGGCCGACCCAAUCUGCAACUCCCAAGUGUAACAUCCCUCCUUCACCAAGACAUGCUUUCGAGGUCUUUAGAAGGUUUUAUUUGGCCAAACACAGUGGCAGGCAGCUCACAUUGCAGCAUCACAUGGGUUCAGCAGACCUCAAUGCCACUUUUUAUGGGCCAAUCAAAAAGGAAGAUGGCUCAGAUAUGGUCGGCGGGGCUCAGGUUACAGGCUCCAAUACCAGGAAACACAUUCUUCAGGUUUCCACAUUCCAGAUGACAAUCCUCAUGCUUUUCAACAACCGCGAAAAAUCCACAUUCGAGGAGAUCCAGCAGGAGACUGAUAUCCCGGAGAGAGAGCUGGUGCGGGCGCUGCAGUCUCUGGCAUGUGGAAAACCCACGCAGAGAGUCCUCACUAAAGAACCCAAGUCUAAAGAGAUCGAAAACGGACACGUUUUCACCGUCAACGACCAGUUCACCUCCAGACUACACAGAGUCAAGAUUCAGACGGUUGCAGCCAAACAGGGAGAAUCAGACCCUGAGAGGAAGGAGACGCGGCAGAAAGUGGACGAUGACCGUAAACAUGAAAUUGAAGCGGCAAUUGUCCGAAUUAUGAAGUCAAGAAAGAAAAUGCAGCACAACGUUCUAGUAGCAGAGGUAACCCAGCAGCUGAGGGCGCGAUUCCUUCCAAGUCCUGUGGUCAUUAAAAAACGUAUUGAAGGACUUAUUGAGAGAGAAUAUUUGGCGAGAACGCCGGAGGAUCGCAAAGUGUACACAUACGUAGCAUGAACAAGGAGCGAAAUCAAAUCUGAAAGAGCGAGUGAGAGCGAGCA